AUGCCACGCUUUGCUGGGUUGAUGAUUGGAAACUCAAUUGAAUCAGAAGUAUGGAAAAAGUACACUAGAAUUAAAAAGAUUGGUGAAGGAACGUAUGGUGUCGUUUUCAAAGCUAUGGAUAGAUGUACAGGAGAUUUCGUAGCUGUAAAGAAAAUACGAACUAAUGUCAAAUUGAGUGGUGGUUUGCCUUACUCAUCCAUACGAGAAAUAACAUUCCUAAAAUCACUUGUCCAUCCAAAUAUCGUUUCCCUUAAGGAUAUACUAGUGAAUGAAAGUCAAGUAGACCUGGUAUUUGAAUUUAUUGAUAUGGAUCUGAAAAUGUAUAUCUCAAAUAUUCCUAGUGGUAAAUGGAUGGAGAAAGUAGAACAAAAAUUAUUUUUGUAUCAAAUUCUGCAAGGGAUCUGUUAUUGUCACCAAAGAAGUAUUUUGCAUCGGGAUUUAAAACCAUCAAAUUUACUUGUUGAUGGAAAAGGUGGAAUUAAAAUUGCAGAUUUUGGUCUUGGAAAAACCUCCUCACAAGAAACGUGCUUGACUCGAGAAGUUUGUACCCUCUUUUACAAACCACCUGAAAUUUUACUUGGUGAAAAUAGAUAUACAGGAGCAAUCGAUAUAUGGAGCAUUGGUUGCAUUGCUGCUGAGAUGGCUACAAAGAAAGUACUCUUUAUGGGUGACUCCGAGAUCGAUCAGAUUUUUCGUAUUUUUAGCUUGAUGUCAACUCCUAAUGAAAAUACUUGGCGUGGAUGUUCAAAACUGAGAGAUUACUCAGAAUCGUUCCCUCAGUGGAAACAAAACCAACUUGAUGAAAUCCUCAUUCACUUUAUGGAUGCAGAUGGCAUCAAAAUUGUGCAAGUAAGUACACUUUGGCGUGAUGUUCCCAGUAGUAUGCAGAUGCUUAUUUACAAUCCACAGGAACGAAUUACUGCAAAGGAACUAUUAAAAAGUUCAUAUUUUGAUGAUAUUGAUCGUAAGAAACUUUUAGACAGCAAAUAUGAUGGGACUUUAGUGCUUCCUUGA